GAGAGAAAAGAAAAAAAGCAAGACGAAAGUGAGAGACUAUGGCGAAAGAGGAAUUAGGCACACCAACGCUCCUCACAGUUCAUGCCACUUCGAGUCAGGUGCUCCAGGACUAUAUUAGCUGAUCAAGAAUGGUGGUGGGAGCAACAAUGCACCACAGAUUUCUUCUUCGUUUUUGCCCUAUUCUGAACCAAUAUUCUUCAGUUCGUUCAGUGUCUUCAUUGCAAAAGCUUGAGCAGGCUGUUAGAGCUGAAGUAGAAGCCAAAAACUACAUUAAAAUUCCUGAUCUACUCAUUUCCUUGGAUUGCUGCCAAAAUUCAAAUCCUUUUUCUUUCUUUUCUUCAUUUCCUCAGAACUUACAAGUGCAAAUUGUUGAUGAAAUGUUGCAAUCUUUUAUACCUAUCAGACCACGCUCCAAGCCCCAGCUAGCUUAUUCCUACCUUCUUUCUUACACCCUGCAAAGUUCUCAUCCCCUUCCUCUUGCACUAGCUGUCCUACAACGGACUUUACGUUCUGGUUGCGUUCCAAUUCCUCAGACUUAUGUUCUCCUCUCAUCUGUUUGGUUGGACCGGCAAUGUCUGUCUCAUUCUGUAGCUGAUGUUUUACUUGAGAUGCAAUCAAUUGGAUAUCGCCCUGACUGUGAGACUUGUAAUUUUCUCCUAUCAUCUCUCUGUGCUGUUGAUCAAUUAGUGGAGGCAGUUAAAGUUCUGAGGGGCAUGGGUGGGGCGGGAUGUAUUCCCGAUUCAAAUAGUUAUGGCAUUGUAAUCAGUGCAUUUUGCAGACUGAGAAAGACUGUUGAGGCACAGGAUUUGAUGAAGCAAAUGGUAGUUCAAUAUGGUUUGACCCCAAGACAGGGAACACUGCUGAAAUUGUUGGCAGCGUUACGGGCAAACAGGGAGAUAUGGAAGGCUGUUGAGAUGAUUGAGUUCCUGGAGAAAGAGGGUAACUCUGUUGGAUUUGAGAGCUACGAGUUGGUGAUUGAAGGGUGCUUGGAGAAACGUGAGUAUAUUUUGGCCGGAAAGGUUGCGAUGAGGAUGACAGAAAGAGGUUUUAUACCAUAUAUCAGUGUCAGGCAGAAGAUAAUUGAAGGUUUGGCUAGUGUUGAUGAGUGGAAGAUAGCUUGUGCCGUGAGACAAAGAUUUGCGUCACUUAAAUCUUAG